AUGCCCCCCUACGCCCCCAACGAAGAUAAUGAGAAGGCCCCGAUUCAAGAUGCAGAGUCUACUACCUCGGCUGACGAGAUCGACCCGGUCGCGGAGAAGCUGCUCAGGAGGAAAUUAGACUGGAUUUUAUUGCCACUUUUUACUGUUGUCUACUGUACGAACUUCGUUGACAGGUUACCUUGGGGUUACUCAUUGCUGAUAGGCCUCGAGAAAGACCUCGGCAUGAAAGGUUUCGACUAUAAUAUUUCUUUGACAAUAUUUUACAUUUUCUAUAUCGCCGCAGAGAUCCCCUCGAAUCUUGCCCUCAAGCGUUUUGGAUCCAUGUGGCUGGCGGCGAUGAUUACCAGCUUUGGCAUCGUUUCUAUUGGAACGGCUUUCGUCAAAUCUUAUACUGGCUUGAUCAUCACUCGCGUUUUCCUUGGGAUUGCCGAAGGAGGGACUUUACCUGGUCUUACCUACAUCAUGUCUCGGUAUUACCGCCGCUCAGAACUCGUCCUUCGUGUGGGUAUAUUCUUUGGUAUCUCGCCGCCCCUAGCCGGUGCAUUUGGUGGUCUCCUUGCUUCUGGCUUAUUGUCGGUUGGAGAUUUUGGGAUGGUCACUUCUUGGCGGAAGGUAUUUUUCAUUGAAGGAAUCAUAACGACGGGUUUUGGGUUACUAUGUUUCUUAAUCAUCCCAACUGAUCCUCAACGCACCCGGAUUUUCACGCCUGCCGAGCGAGCUUUGGCUUUGGCUCGCAUCGACGCAGACCAAGCCGUUCGAACCAAUGGGCGCAAGGAAUCUACCACUCUUCGCUUAGUAUGGAGGUCUUUCAACAUCAACACCAUGAUCUGUACGGUUGCAUAUGUCAUGAUCAACAUCUCCUUCCAAGGACUCAGUCUCUUCAUGCCUACCGUGGUGGCUACCUUGGGUCACUUUACGGUUGUUGAGUCUCAGCUGCGUACCGUGCCUCCUUAUCUUGUUGGCGCAGUCUGGGCUGUUGUUGUUACCUACGUUAGCUUCCGAGUCAGAAAGCGCGGUAUCCCUAUCAUAUUUUCCUGUCUGCUAGUGGUCUUGGGGUAUGCUUUGGCUGUCGGGACGAAGAACUCCCACGCACGGUAUGCGGCUUGCUUCCUAUCCAUCGCGGGCGCCUCCCCGACCGGACCCUUGCUGAUAACAUGGGGAACAGAUAACGCAGCCCCCGACACAAUCCGUGCGGUGACGACCGCUAUUAUUCCAGGUGUUGGUGCCCUCGGCUCCAUAAUAGCUGUAUGGACCUACUUGCCUCAAGACGCUCCAAAUUACCACAACGGCAAUUCGCUCAACCUUGCUACCAGCAUCUUCGUGUGUUUGUUGGCGCUGAUUGGGAUCCUCUAUAUACGAUGGGAAAAUGGGAAGCGGGCUCGGGGAGAGCGCGACUAUCGGAUAGAAGGAAAAACUCAGGAGCAGCUAGAGAAUCUGGGCUACCUCCACCCUCGAUUCCGAUACCAGAUAUGA